AUGUCGCAUAUGUCCUUCCCGGGAGAAGACGCCUCCGGCUCUUUCUACAUGCCCUUCGAGUCCCAGGCAUCCUCUUCUGCGUUCCAGAUGAAUCCGCUCUCGUUGCAUCCGCCGCGCACACCCCGCACCUCUCUAUCUUCUGCGCACCCACAAUCACAUGGAAAUGGUUUCUCCGGCUAUGAAGGCAGUUCUGCGAAGGAGGAGUCGAAUACUAUUGCUGAGGUGGACGAAGAGGAGGACCUGGAGGAGGACUCUGCGCGCUUGAAACUUGCACAAACGCGCGUCUCAAAUGAGGAAGUCUGGCGCGAGAUGUUCUUGACCAGCAACGGGAGGGACAAGGCCUUUGUGCGUAUCAGGCGUUGCUCUGGUGCUCUCAAGUCUAAUUGGGCGCGCAACCAGAAAUUGAUACAAUAUGGCUUGAAGUUGUACUUGCUGUUCCAUAACUCUGUCGCCUCUACUCAACUACUGCACCGCUCGAAGCCACCAGCAUGGGAACAAGAGCUGAGGAGCAGGCUGUCCUCCACGGUGGAUGGGCUCUCACGGACAAGAAAAUGCCUGCUGCUAUUCAACUGGCUCGCGCCGUUAACCGCCAUUCUGGCGCGACGGACGGAGUCUAUGUCUAUGGGUGGUGCCUCCAAACCAAAGGCGCCGACGCCAUUCUUGCAUACGCUGAUGCAUGCGCCGCCGCCUGUGUUACUUGAUCUGGUGCACUCAUCUUCUGAUGAUGUGUACACAUUCUCGCUUCUAGGGCUUCUGUCGAAGAAAACGGGGGAAAGAGCGGCUCGAUUCUCUGACUGGUGCUGGCUGCUUGCCACCCUGGUUGGUCUCGUGGAGAAUGGUGUCGAACGCCAGAUGAUCGGAGGCCUGCAGCAUGAAGUGCAUUCGCGCCUGUACGCAGAAUCUAUGGCAAAUCCGGGUAAAUCAAAGCCGCUGUCCUCGGCGACUGCCAAACAGGACGAGAAGGAAAUGGCGCGAUUACAAAAACAAGAUUUCUGGCUCCAGAUCACACGGACAAAGUUGCUCAUGGAUCUGAUAUUCGUUUCCUACGAUGUCUUUAGACUUCAACGGUGGCGGGACACUGUGAAGACUUGUGCAGGCCUGACAUCAGGCAUGUUGAGUGCCUGGAAACUGUACGAUCGCCACCAGCAAACGCUUUUGAAAGCCGCAACGACUCUUGCAGCCUAACCUUAUUGCUCCUGUUCCAUUGACUGUCCGCAUUCGAUUCUAACUCCUGGUUCGUUUACCCGUAGAUUACUUAGGCUAUUUGGUGUUCAUUCUACUCCCCGACCGGUGCUCGGGCUUGCCGCGGAGCUGUCCACCGACUCGUAUUAAGGUUGUCGCACUGACGAGCCGAGCGACGAUGUGUAAUUGGCUGGCCUGCUCACGCCCAGUUCUG